CACAGGCCGGAUAAGUAGAGCUCUGAUCCGCACUCUAGUUGGGUGAUUGACUCCUUCGGCCUGAUGACGUAUUUUGACAGCGUCCGUUGUGGUUUUCGGGCGACGUGGUUGGUGUGCUUGUCUCCAGUUAGACCAGCAGCGAGGUGGCGGCCAGGGAGUUUGGGGAUGCCUGGCGAAGGAAUUUCUCCGGCGGCAUUCAAGAAUAAGAAUGUGAAACAUAGAACGUGGCGACCUAACCAUUUGCAGACCUUCCAGGGGAGCGUCCGCGAGGGACAAGGCUUUGCUUUUCGGAGGAAAUUGAAGAUUCAACAACAUUACAAGAAAUUGCUAUGGAAGGAAAAGAAGGGUCAAACAUCACAGGAAUCCCAAUUCAGAGAUCGCUACCCUGAUCAUCUGAAACAUCUCUAUUUAGCUGAAGAGGAAAGACUCAGGAAACAACUUGGAAAACUUGACCAGCCUUUGUCAGAAAAACAAGUUAAUCAGGCAUUGCCAGAAAAAGAAUGUAACAUUGAUCAGGCUUUGUCUGAAGAAAAUUGUGGCAUUGACCAGUCUCAGCCAGAAGAACAAUAUAAAGAAGAAAGGGUAAACUCCAUUACUAUUCCAAAGAAAAAUAAAAAGAAAACAUCAAAUCAAAAAGCACAAGAAGAAUAUGAACAGGUACAAGCUAAGCGUGCUGCGAAGAAACAAGAAUUUGAGAGGAGAAAACAAGAGAGAGAAGAAGCUCAAAGACUCUACAAAAAGAAGAAAAUGGAAGUGUUUAAAAUAUUGAGCAAAAAGACUAAGAAAGGCCAGCCAAACUUGAAUUUACAAAUGGAAUAUCUUCUUAAAAAAAUACAAGAAAAAAGUUAAAUCAGACAUUUUGUCCUUAAUCAAGGGUUAGAACAUCUGUUGUCUGUUGAAUUCUUUUAUAUAUGUAAUGUACUUCUAACAUUAAUUAAAUUUGUCAACAUAAAAUA